UAUAAUUUGGUGCAGUUCCCGAAUCACAAAAUAAAAACCCUAGCUCCUCCCCCUAAACCCUUACCACCAAAAAAUCGACCAGAGAAAACUCAAAUUCGUACCUGAAAAGACAUUAUCCUCACAGAAAUGGAAGAUAUAACGGAAGGAGUGAACAAGAUUAACAUUGCUGACAACCAGAAGAAGAACCGAAUUCAAGUCUCCAAUACGAAGAAGCCACUUUUCUUUUACGUUAAUCUCGCAAAGAGGUAUAUGCAGCAACACAGUGAGGUGGAGCUUUCCGGACUUGGCAUGGCAAUCUCAACAGUUGUCUCAGUUGCUGAAAUUCUGAAGAACAAUGGAUUUGCUGUUGAGAAGAAAAUCAUGACAUCCACCGUGGAGAUAAAGGAUGAUUCUCGGGGAAGGCCCGUCCAAAAAGCCAAGAUUGAAGUAGUACUUGGGAAAACAGCAAAUUUUGAUGAGUUAAUGGCCGUGGCGCAAGAGGGUAGGGAGAAUGGAAAUGAUGAAGAAUAAGCCUAGUCGGAGUUGAUGUUUCAAGCCGUCUUCUAUUAUUAUGCCUACUGUUAUGGAUGUCGCAUGUGUUUUAGUCAUGUAAAAUGGCAUAAGAGGAAGUCUGAAUAAUGGCUUAAAGUUUUGUAUCAAAUUGUUUCUUGAAUUUGUUGUGGUUAAAGCUUUUGCUUUAGGUGUAGCUAUUCUUUCAAUGUUGUUCAUUAACCCUUUAAUGGAAUUAUAUGCAGUGGAAUUGUGUUUUGUUAGUGGAUUUAUUGUUUUCUGUGA